AAAACACAACCCACAAACACCACCACCACUGCAUUCAGAGAGAAGAAGAGAGAGAAAGCUUGGAACUCCAACAAUGGUGGUCUAGAGAGAGAAAACAAGUGGGUUUCGGUUCCGCACUCAUCCGAACACAAAUUCGAGACACACCAACUCUAGCACGACCCCGAGCACCUCCAAACCAAUCCCCAAUCACCCGAAGUCAGCCCGAGUGUUCUGUUGCUCCGCCAUCUUCUUCGAUUUUUCCGAAACCGUUUUUUGCCUUCUCGGACGGAUUCGAGGUAUAGAAGAUAGAGCUGAAGGAUCAUAUCAACUUGAAGACAACUUGACCUCCAGAAGAAUCAAUCGUAUCAGUAGUAGCUCUAUUUAAUUUCUCUCAGUUAAUUUCAAAGUAUUGUAAUUAAAUUAAGCUUCUGUUGUUAUUUAAAGAAAAUGUCCUUUAUUUAAGAAAUUAUUUUGGAAAAUCUUUUAAUAACUACGUAUCUGAAAAUCAGGAUGUUAUACACAGGCAAUCUUAAUUCUUUUCUCUAAUUAUUACUUUGUCUACUACUUUGGUCAAUUAUUACCGCAUUUUUACUACCUUCUCUGGGCUUGCAAAAAUGGCUAGCAUUUCUGUGAAAAAACAAACACGUUUGUCCAAAUAGUAUUAUGUCCGAAAACAUCGCCCAAAGGCCAAGCUGCAAGCACAAACAAGCCCCCCAAAAAACAAAGAAGCUACAAAAAAAUGCCGAAAGCCGAAAAAUAACCUGGAAAAAUUCUUUCCCAAAUAGUGUUACUCCUAUUUAUGGCUUAUAGAUUUUAGGUUUUUUAAAAUAAAAAAAAACUUUUUCGGAAUUUCAAUUUUCGAAUGCAUCAAAUAGAAGAACCUAUACAAAAAUGGUGUAUUUCUAAAGUGUGAGCUUAUGAAUGCAAAGAUAUAACAAAGCAUCUGUGUAGUUACUAAGAAAACACUUGUUAGAAAAUGUGGAAGCUAAAGAUUGCUGAAGGCAAGGGACCAUAUUUGUUUAGCACCAACAACUAUGUUGGUAGACAAAUUUGGGAAUUCGACCCUGAUGCAGGGACGCCGGAAGAGCGUGAAGCCGUUGAACAAGCUCGACAGGAGUACAAGGACAACUCUAAAAAAGACCGAACCCGAGCCCCACCUUGUGCUGAUCUUCUAAUGCGGAUGCAGCUGAAAAAGGAAAACAAGAAUAUCGAUUUGAGUAUUGCACCAGUGAGAUUGGGGGAGACAGAAGAAGUGAAGUAUGAAGCCGUGACAACUGCUUUGAGGAAAGCUAUUCGAUUAAAUCGUGCAAUCCAGUCAAGUGAUGGCCACUGGCCAGCUGAAAAUGCCGGUCCCAUGUUUUUCACACCACCCUUAAUAAUCAUCCUAUACAUUAGUGGAGCAAUCAAUACAAUUCUAACAGCAGAACACAAAAAGGAGUUGAUUCGCUAUAUUUAUCUUCAUCAGAACGAUGAUGGGGGAUGGGGAUUCUAUAUAGAAGGCCACAGCACCAUGAUCGGGUCGGCACUUAGCUAUGUUGCCUUGCGAUUGCUAGGAGAAGGGCCCUAUGAUGGAGAAAAUGGGGCAAUGACCAAAGGCCGGGAGUGGAUUCUUGAUAAUGGUGGUGCAACUGGAAUUCCUUCUUGGGGAAAGGUCUAUCUUUCGGUGCUAGGUGUGUAUGAAUGGGCAGGCAGCAAUCCUUUGCCUCCAGAGUUCUGGCUUUUUCCUUCAUUUUUCCCUUAUCAUCCAGGGAAAAUGUGGUGCUAUUGUCGCACGGCUUACAUGCCCAUGUCGUAUUUGUAUGGGAAGAAAUACCAUGGGCCGAUCACUGAUCUAGUCAAGGCAUUGAGACAAGAAAUUCACACCAAGCCAUAUGAGGAAAUCUGCUGGAACAAAGCGCGACAUAACUGUUGUAAGGAGGAUUUCUACUACCCUCAUUCCAUUGUACAAGACUUACUUUGGGAUGGUCUUCAUUACUUGACCGAGCCAAUUAUAACCCGUUGGCCCUUCAACAAGAUUAGAGAGAGAGCCAUGCAAAAAGCGAUUAAGUACAUGCGUUAUGGAGCAGAGAGCAGCAGAUACAUUACCAUAGGAUGUGUAGAAAAGAGUUUGCACAUGAUGUGUUGCUGGGCAGAGGACCCAAAUGGUGAUGAGUUCAAGUACCAUCUAGCUAGAGUUCCGGAUUACUUGUGGCUGGCCGAAGAUGGAAUGAAAAUGCAGAGUUUUGGUAGUCAGCUAUGGGAUUGUACUUUUGCAACUCAGGCAAUUAUUGCCAGCAAUAUGGUUGACGAAUACGGUGACUCACUAAAGAAAGCACAUUUUUUCAUCAAAGAAUCACAGGUCAAAGAAAAUCCAGCUGGAGAUUUCAAGAGUAUGUAUCGGCACUUUACUAAAGGAUCGUGGACUUUCUCUGAUCAAGACCAUGGUUGGGGGGUUUCGGAUUGCACAGCAGAAUCGCUUAAGUGUCUAUUUUUACUUUCUCAAAUGCCUUCUGAAAUUGUUGGAAAAAAAGCUGAUGUCGAGCGAUUGCACGAUGCUGUGAAUGGGUUGCUUUACUUACAGAGCCCUGAAAGUGGUGGGUUUGCAGUAUGGGAGCCCCCAGUUCCACAACCAUAUUUACAGGAUUUGAAUCCUUCGGAAAUAUUUGCUGACAUUGUGGUCGAGAAAGAGCAUAUUGACUGCACUGCUUCGAUAAUCCAAGCUCUUGUGGCAUUCAACCGCUUGCACGCAGGCCAUAGAGAGAAAGAAAUAGAAACCUCAGUGGCGAAAGCAAUUCGUUUUCUAGAAGAGAAACAAUGGCCUGAUGGUUCUUGGUACGGAUACUGGGGAAUUUGUUUCAUCUACGGCACAUUUUUUGUUCUUAGGGGGUUGGCUUCGGUAGGAAAGACAUACAACAACAGUGAAGCAGUCCGUAGAGCUGUUGGAUUUUUUCUUUCAACACAAAACGAAGAAGGGGGUUGGGGUGAAAGCCUUGAAUCAUGCCCAUCUAUGAAGUAUCAACCAUUGGAAGGGAAUCGAACGAAUCUGGUACAAACAUCAUGGGCUAUGCUGGCACUUCUUUGCGGCGGACAAGCUCAAAGAGAUGCGACACCGCUACAUAAAGCAGCAAGGAUUUUAAUAAACGCGCAAAUGGUCGAUGGUGAUUUCCCUCAGCAGGAAAUUACAGGUUGUGUCAUGAAGAACUGCAUGUUACAUUAUGGACAAUACAGGAACAUAUUCCCAAUGUGGGCGCUCGGAGAAUAUCGGAAAUGUGUUUGGCCAUCUUCCGAGAAAGUAUAAACUCAAGCUCGAAGACCGAGAUUCACCGAGCAUGUGUUGGGCAUUCCAUCAAAUACCUUAUUGGCUACAUAAAAAAGGUAGCGAGCACAUGAGAAGGAAGGAAGAUAGAGAUGGGAAUCACUGGUUUGAGAGAGAAUUUUAUUUAAGAUUCCUCCCUCCCUCACUAAAAUGCCACUGAAAUGUAAACGUAUUUACCAAAAUGUCAUGUUGUAAGAUCCAACGGCUGUAAUGUAUUAAAAACUUAAUCUAACGGCUAAAAAUGUGCUCUUAUUUAUAUGUGUACAUAAAUUUUAGAAUAUUCCCUUAAGAUA